AUGGGCUCUGGAAAGCAUCGUUUUGGUGAGCCUAGGACUGGCGUGGGAACGGGCAUGGCCCCGUCUAAGCCUUCACAUUCGGACGAUCGCAUUAUCACCAGUACUAUUCGUGGGGAUGGCGAUCAUGAAUACAAAGUGAUUGAGUCGGCUGAAUCUCUGUCGUUGUCGAAUUUCGAGUCCCGUAUCUCGAUGAAUGGCCCCGAGCCGAAGGAUCUACCAUCAUCACCAUCGCCAUUGCUCCUCCAGCCGAUCCAGGAGUCUGGAGGUGAAAAUCCCAUUCAAGAGGCCGAGAUUGAAGCCCUAUCUCCAUGCAUUGAUGUAAUGGAGACGUCUACCCAAAUUCCAAGAGCCUCUAAUGUGGACCGCACAGUCCAAGCCCAAGCCUUUACGCCACAAAGUCCCAGCGCUCAGACCAUUGCAGAUCCGGGGGACGAUCCCGAAAGUGAUCGUGUAGAACAUAUACUAGCAAUACCGCCGCAAUUGACUCCUAUACCUGAAGCGGUUGAGGAAGAUAUUUCCGAAGAGAGAUCCACAUUGUCAAAGCCAGAUUUGUCCCCGCCACGUUCCGCAGAUGAAGAAAUUUCAACUUUGCGGGCGGUGACGUCCACUGGUGAGACAGGUUGUGUAGGGCUAUCUUCGCGAACGACGUCUACUUUAGCUUCAACUUUUGUUUUUGAAGAUCAGAGUGAAUUGGUCACGAUGCAGCCUGAGAAUUUUCCUAAUCCGUCUUCGUGGGUUCCGCCGGAUCCUGAUUCCGAGGAAAUGGCGGACAUUUCGUCUACGGAAGAUUCGACCAACGAGACAGGAGGGUCUAUAUUCGACGAGGAUGAAUAUCACUCCGACACGUCCAGCUACACUGCUUCACUAUUAUCGGAUGUAAAAGACUACGCCUACGAAAAUGGUCGACGAUACCAUUCCUACCGCGAGGGAAACUACGUCCUCCCCAACGACGAACAAGAACAAGACCGACAAGAUCUACUCCAUCACGUUCGCAAUCUAGUCCUCAACGGCGCACUUUUCCGCGCUCCACUAGAACCCUCCAUCCAACGAGCCCUAGACAUCGGCACCGGCACGGGAAUCUGGGCCAUCGAUUUUGCAGAUAGCUACCCCAGCGCCGAAGUCAUCGGCACAGACCUAAGUCCCAUCCAACCAUCCUGGGUCCCGCCCAAUCUGCGCUUCCUAGUCGACGACGCCGAGGAGCCGUGGCUGUUUAGUGCCAAUCGGCCAUUUGAUUUCAUUCAUGCGCGUGAUCUUGGCGGCGCUAUUGCUGAUUGGCCGCGGUUGCUGCGGCAGGCUUACAAGCACCUCAAGCCCGGUGGGUGGAUUGAGUUGCAGGAGUUUGAGGUGAUGCUCAAAUCGGAUGAUGAUACGUUGAAGCUGGCGCCGACUUUGUGCGAGUAUCUGCGUCGUUUGCAGGAGGCUAGUGAGGCUUUUCAGAGACCUAUGAAUAUCGCCGAGGGUCAUCGGGGGCGACUUGUGGAGGCUGGGUUUGAAAAGGUUCGAGAUGAAGUGUACAAGGUAUGA